CGGGCCGGAGGAAGGGGAGUGGUAGGGGAAAGGGGAAAUCUUCAACAAUGACUUCAUUAACAUGAUGGCACACAUGACCAGCACAACUGGACUUCACUGUUCCACUACAACACUGGAUAUCUGACUUUUCCCUUUUUGGAUUUAAUUCCUCGAAAAUAUGUUUUUACACGUGCGUCCAUCACGUCUCAGGGGUGACAUGGAAGUUUGCUAAAGUUCCCUCCGUCCAUGACUUCAGACCUCAGAGGCAUGUUGAUCACAAAGAUUGAAGCCAAGGAGGCCUGUGAUUGGCUGCGAGCGGCCGGCUUCCCUCAGUAUGUGCAAUUAUUCAAAGACUGCAGGUUCCCCGUUGACAUCGAGUGGGCGAAGCGUGAUCAUCACUUCCUGGAUAAGGAUGCUCUGGAUUCACUCUGCAGGAGAUUAAGCACUUUGAACAAAUGCGUGGAAAUGAGGCUCGAACCGCGAAGAUCAAAACGCAGGGGAGACGACUGUGAUGAGGAGGACUUCUGCGCCAUCAGCCCCAACUGGACCUACGACAGGCGGGCACGGCGAUGGCGACGCCUGGACUCAACCAUGGACGCGCUUCGCUUGACGGACAGCCCAACUGGACCCCAGGAUGUGUCUCUGUGUGACGUCAGCGACCGCCAUGAUUUCUGCUCCAUCCACAGCUCCAGCAGCACUGAUAGCGAAGGCCACGACGGACAUCACAAGGGUCACCGAGGACCCGCUACCAUCACAGCCACCUCUGCAGUCACUCACACCAGCACCACGGACGACCAGGAGACCAGCAGGAGCUCCUCCCGCUGCUCCUCCACAAACAAGACCCCCUCCCUGGACACGUCAUUCAGUGGACCCCCCUCCCCCGGUGAAAGUGGUGGAGGAUCGUCCACCAUGAGUCUAGAGACUGAGGUCUGUUUCCCAGACAAACCCCCGAGGAAGAAGUGCACCAGCCUGCUGAGGAAGAUGGAGAGACUGAGGCUGAGGGGGACAAGUGGACUGCUCCCGUCUGGUCACAGCAGUGGCAGCCAGGCCCGGAAUGUCAUGUGCAGGCCGGUUCUGAUCCAAGAGGAGGACAGGCUGCACUGCCCAUCAAGUCUGCAGGGUGGACCCAGCAGCCGGGCGUCCUCCUCGCCCUCGUCUCCUCACACCAUCAGCAGCAGCAGCAGCAGUAACAGCCACUCGGGGAGCAGCAGCACCGUCAGCACGCCCAGCCCGGUCACCCGCGUCAGGAGCAACUGCAAACGCUCUAACAGCGGUGUCGGGGUCGGAGGUGGAACGAUCCGGAACAACCAGAACCACAUGGGGGCAGAGGACUACAGGAACCAGAUCAACAACAACAACAGCAACAGCAGCCAUGAGAGCCUGGUCUUCCACAUCCCACACGGACACAAACCAGGGACCUUCCCCACGUCCCUCGCACACAAACACACCAUCCUGUCCCCCAUCAUCGACAACACCUCUGUCAACUGGAGGACUGGGAGCUUCCAUGGUUACCGAGGGCGAAACAGUUGCCGCCGUGGCACAUCAUCACUGGUCGCUGGUGACCAAGACCCCUCGCCUUUGCCUUCCUGUGGUGUUGCCGUCCCCAGCCCGCUCGCCGCGCUGGAUCAUCGGCUGAGUAUCUACGACAACGUGCCCGAUGACCAGCAGCUGUCUAGAAGUGAAGGUGGCUGCGAUGCAGAACGGAUGGGUGGGGAGACAGAGGUGAGUCGGCUGUUGGCAGCGGAGGACGUUUUCUCAGCUCUGGACAGUGUUUUGGAGAGAAUCAGCGACCUUCAGCAGCUAGUCUCCACCUGGUCCGAAAAUCUAUCUUCCUCCUCCUCCUCGUCUUCCUCUUCCUCCCCUGAAGACUCACCUGUCAACUGCUCCUCAGCUGCCUCCCCCUGCCCGUCCUCCCCCAGCCACAUCCACCUGGAGGUGCAGCAUCCAGAGGAGGAGGAGAAGGAGGCAGAGAGCGGUGAGAAGGUACCUGUGAACGGAGAGGAGCCGAAGUCGAGAUCACCACAACCCAGGAGCAGCAGAGUGAGCCAGCAGCUGCACUGGUCCAGCGAGCAGAGCCUGCCCUCUCUGCCCACCACCUGUCCAGGGGUGGAGAACCAGUCUGUGUCCCAGUUCCUCCUGCUGCAGAAAGUCUCCCUGCUCAAGCUCACCGCUCUCAUGGACAAGUACUCCCCAUCCAGCAAGCAGGGCUGGAACUGGACUGUUCCUAAACUACCGAGGAAGACCAAGAUGAUGGAGGUGAAAGGCCGGCGGGUGUUCGGGGUUCCUCUGCUCCUCAGCGUCCAGCAGACAGGAGAGCCGCUUCCCCCCAGCAUCCUCAGGGCCCUGGUCUACCUGAGGACCGAGUGUCUGGACCAGGUGGGACUUUUCCGGAAGUCGGGGGUGAAAUCUCGGAUCCAGUACCUCCGUGAGCUGGUGGAGUCUGACCCUGAGGGGAUUUCAUAUGAUGGCCAGUCCGCCUUUGACGUCGCUGACAUGGUGAAGCAGUUCUUCAGAGACUUGCCUGAACCCAUCUUCACCAGCAGGCUCUGCGAGUCCUUCCUCCACAUCUACCAAUAUUUUCCCAAAGAUCAGCAGCUGGAUGCAGCUCAGGCCGCCAUCUUGCUGCUUCCUGAUGAGAACAGGGAGGCUCUGCGGACGCUGCUCUUCUUCCUGCGGGACGUGGUGGCCUGUGUGGAGGAGAACCAGAUGACUCCGACCAACAUCGCCGUCUGCCUGGCGCCGUCUCUCUUCCACCUCAACACCCUCAAGAGAGACGCCAGUGCGGCCAGGUCCGGUCACAGGAAGUACAGCCUGGGCCGCCCGGAUCAGCGGGACCUGAGUGAGAACCUGGCUGCUACCCAGGGCCUGGCCAACAUGAUCACAGAAGCCCAGAGACUCUUCCAGCUUCCAGAGUUUUGGCCUGGUCUGUGUCUAAGUGCUGCGGGCCCAACUGAGGACUCCCUGCCUGAGGAGGGUCAGUGUGGAGGUGAGGAGAAGCAGGAGGAGAGAAGGAACAAGCUGCAGCAGAGCACCCAGCACCUCCUGAGGGAGGCCAGGGAGAAGAGCCGAGGCUGGGAGAGCCACCCGGCUCCAGAGCAUGUGGAGCUGGCCUUUAAAAAGAUGGACGACGGCUGCCCGCUGUGGAUGUGGCGAGGCUCCGUGGAGGUGGAUGCCCCCCAGAAGGAGCUGCUCCACCGGCUGCUGAGGGAGCAGGAGCUGUGGGAAGGAAGCCUGCGUCAUGCCGCCAUCAUCCAGACCUUGUCCAAGGACACCGAAGUCUACCACUACCUCCUACAGAGCCAGGGCCACGGCCUGGACUCCCGGCCCCCCCAGGAGUUCCUGCUGCUUAGGACCUGGCAGGCUGACCCGCUCUCCGGGCCUCUGUACCUGUCCUCUGUGUCCACGGAGCACCCCGAGGUGCAGGUGGAAGGGGUCAGGGCUCAAGUCCACUCCUGCCUUUACCUGCUGGAGCCCACAGGAGCCAGGAAGACCCGUCUGACGCACCUCUGUCGAACCGACACCAGGGGUCGGUCUCAGGAGUGGCACAGCAAAGUGAGUGGACCUCUUCUGGCCUCGGGUCUCCUGGCUGUCCGGGACUCUGUCAGAGUGGACUACAAGGAGACCAAGAUAUGAGUCAGUGCAGGAGCAGACGAUGAGGACGAUGAGGGAUGAUUUACAGAUUUUGCACUAACGUGGGGUAACCCCCCCCCCCCCCCCCCCCCCCCCCCCGCCUGCCCCCCGUCCAGUCCACUUAAACUGCAUCACGUCCCACCUCACAGCAGAACCACAGCCUCGUGUUCACUGGACUUCAUCUAAGUUUGAAAAGUGAAAGUGAGGCUCAGAGCACAGCGAGCAGGGAAGGUGACCUCUGAGGGUUUCCCCAACCAUUUGCUUCUCUUUGGCUUCUGUCGGAGUUUCUGUGUGUGUUUGCUUUUUUGUCAGCGACCUUGCAGAUUCCCAGCAGCGCCCCUGAACUCCCCGCUGCGACUGCUACGCUUCACACUCAAGUUCACAGAAAAAUGCAAACGACGGCGAGUUCUGACAAAGAGCGUUUGAUUCGGGGGCGAAAAGCCGAGGCCUGAUGUGACUCCUGACUUUGAGGAAAAAGGUUGAGAUGAAGAGAAAAACUCUUUCCUGUAGGAAGAGAAAGAGGCAGGGGAAACACAUGGCAGCUGCCUGGACGAGCACAGGAAAUGAGGACAGAAAACAUCAGGAAACAGACUUUUAGCCGACAGACGUUCGGCUUCAGUGGGAAGAGGAGGAGAAAAAAGAGGGAGGGAGAGAGGGAGGAUGGUGAAAAGGCAGGAACAAAGCAGUGUGACAGAGAGAAGUGAGACACAGUGGGUCUGAAAUCCUGAACGCUGCAGCCACUCUGACAGGAAGUUGUCUGAUGCUGUGCUGACAAAAAAAAAGCUCACAAACAAACAGCAAACUGACACGAGGGACGGCUUCUUCACCUGCAGCUGUGAUGAGAGAUAAUUAUCCAGUAGCAAAGCCCGAUGAACCGAACUGAACCUGAGGUGACACGAAAAUCCCACAGAGACAUUUUCCUCUCCAAAGCAGAGGAAACGCGGCUCAGAGCAGCUGGAUCCAGCUGUGACGAGGAAUUAGCACGCCGCCGCAGGCCGCUGUGCGCAGGCUUUUUGUCCCAUUUGAGUGACUGUAACGGGACACGCGUGUGCCACAGUUCAAAGACAAGCGAUAUCUACCUCUCCACGGGACGACGACGCAGUUGCGUGACUUUGAAGCGCGACAAAGUUGUGAAUCGACGGAGGCCUCGCCACGUGGCGGGGGACACUGUGACAGAUAUCCAACCAGACAACUCCCUGAAUUUCUGAACAUGUGUAUUUAUUCUUUGUGAUGUCCAUGAGCCUCUGAGCUUGUACAGUCGUGUUUCAUGUGGCACUUGAGUGUCGCUUCACUUUCAAAGUCAGCUUGUCCUACAUAUUUCGGAGUGUGGUUGUGAAGUAGGGCAGGUGUGCACCUCGAUGUUCAUACGUCAGUUUAAUCCUUCAGAUUAUUUAACUUAACGAAUAUCGAAAUACAAAUUUCUUAUAUCCAGAAUGUUUAUUUAAUUUGGAGCUUUCAGAAAAUCUUAUCGUGUUUGUGUGUGUGUGUGUGUGAAAUCUAAAUUUAUCAGAGCCAAACACCUAAUUAAAAUGUUUAUUUCUC